UCGGAUAAUAACUGUAGAAGUUUUUCCGGAGGGUAGUCGGUCCCCUUAAGACGGUUAUGUGAGAAAAUCAGUCGUUUUUUGUUAUUUUCAAUUUGCUUUUGGAUAUUUUUGUAGAACUUGUGAUAGAAAAUAUAUUGUGUAUUUAGAUAGAAUUCUGUGUAUUUACUCUCGUCUACAUCCUUCUGGAUCCUCCAUUGAUAGUAAGAAACUAAAUUGUUACCAACUGGAUUAAUUCUCAACUGCUGAGUAUUGAAGUGGAAAAGAAUCAAACGAAUACGGCGACGGCUUCUCCUGAUAAAGGUAAGCUAACUCAUUCUGUAUUCAAUUGCUGCAAUAUUAUACCGUGAAUAUUGUGUCACAUAUGGAACCUUUUCAUUCUAAUAUUUUGAUCGCUAAGUAAUCUAUUCAAUAUUUUUAUCGCGCACGAGCGAGUUUCUGUGCAGAAGAGCAAUCAGGCGCAGAUGCGGAUUAUGUUGCCGCGGAAGCUGCUUUACUUUCGGCUGCCAUGCUCGUGUGUUGUUGCCAUGACAACCGCGAUCAAACAGGCACAUGUUGAGAUGAUGUAGAUAUCGGAACACAACACAGCUGAUGUUGGGCCAAGACAUUCGCCUAUCACGGCUUAGAUUAUUUUACUUAACUUGUUAGUUAUUUAAGCUAUAUUUAACAGAGAGGGGGUAAACUUAAGGUAAAAUUUUUACGUGUUUACAACAAUGAGAAACAAAAGCCAGUAAUCUUUAGAAGAACCUCGAACAUUUCGCAAUGGAAGGCGACGAAAGUUUUAGUGAAGACGAGUGGAGUAGCGUGCAGAGACGCUUCGCGUGUGAAGGGCUGCAGGUGGAGGACGCAGGAGGCGCUGUAGGAGUGCUGCACGUGUGGCGGUGGCUCACGGACGCGGAGUCUAACCUGAGGGCGGCGCGUCACAUCAACGAGAAGCUGCAGCGCCAGCACCAGCAGGAGCUCGUGAGGCUGCAAGGAGAAUUUGAAAAAAUUGAAGCUCGCGCCAUUGCCGCGGAGGACCUCUCGCACAUCGUCCAGGAGAAACUUGACGAUGCUUUGGCUGGGAGGGAGGCGGUGGUCGCGAUGCUCGGGAAAGAAGGUCUGGCAGACGUGGCCCAGGCGCCUCUAGGUGAACAGAUAGCUUACCUAUUAGUAGAGCGCCGACGACUUCUGGAGGACGCGGAGGAAUUACGAGGAAGUCCCGGCACAGACAGGGAGAAGGAACUCACCAACAACCUCAUCAAAGCGUCGACAGACCUGGAACUGAUUCGGCGUAGCGAGACCGCGGCGGCCGCAGACCGCGCCGACUUGGAGCGACGCUGCGCAGAACUCGAGAGAACGGCCAACCAACUGCGCAUCGACAACGACUCUCUCGCUUUUAAAUUGUCGGAGGCGUACACCGAGUUGGAAGAAAAUGAUGUCGAGAUCCGCAGAUUACAGCGGAAACUAUUUCCAGAUCAGAGCGAGGAAGGAAAGGCUGGUGGGCAGACGAGCAUCUUCCCUAUCCCGCCGCCCCCCGAGGACAACCACCACAGCCUCCCCGACGACGUGCGUGAGGCGGUGUCUGAAGGCCAAUACUCGCCUCCGCUCAGCGAGAGGAUCUCGAAGCGAGACCGAGCUGACGCAACCAAGCACAAGCACCCGCGGCGGCUCAGCAAAGCGACCAGCGAGGCAGACUGUCGAAAAGACGAAGGCGUCUCUGAUGACAUCAAGCAAUACCAAGAAACCAUCGCUGAAUUAAAGGCGGAGAGCUCGGCGCUGCGGUCGCGCCUCGUCACCGCCGAGGACAGACUUCUAGAGACUCUAUGCGACCUCGAGAGGCUCAGGAUCAGGAGUAGAGGCAGACUGCAGGCUGUCAGGUUACGUCACAAGAACGAGUGUGUCAAGCUGGAGAUCCGAGUCAAGGAACUGAGCAACAAACUAAAAGCUGGACAAGUGCACGCCGACGCUCAGGAGACCAGAUGUGAGGCGCUCGAGAACGAAUUGCGACGUGCAGCCAGUGAGAAGUACAGUCUGCAGCAAAGGAUCAUCGAGGACGAGGAGAUGAUGGCGAACUCGCUAGUUCAGCAGGACCUGGCCGAAGAGAAGCUGCGCGGGCUCGUGCAGAGCAACGCGCGCCUCAACGAGCUCGUCAAGGACCUGCUAGUGAAGAAGACCAUCCUGGGCAUAGAGGCUCUCAAGAAAAGUUUCGUCGUCAACACCACAACUGGCGGUCGGGAGGUCAGACGCGCUUCCACAAGCUAGUUAUUAACAUAAAUUAUUCCACUUAACGAUGUCAAUGAAUGGUGUUCUGUUCAAAAUAAACAAUUCGGAUUUGGAGUUCAUUUAUCUGGACCUGAACUCAACGUCAUGUUAUUUCUUUCUUCGUCCCUAUUCAUUAACUUGGCUGUGAAGCAUAAUUUGUCUUUUAAAAGCGAUUUUUGAUUAGGAAUAGAUAGUUUUGGACCAUCCAUUUGUUGUAAUCAAGUUUGCUAAACAUAAAUACACUUUAUAAACAAUU